AUGAAUAAUAAUAAAAACAAUCCUAAUAACAUUGUUAGUAAUAUAAACAAUCAUAUUCAUAAUAACAAUAGAAACAACAGUAGUAACAAAUAUACUAAUGAAAGUUUAGAAAGUUAUUAUAAUGAAAUGGAAAUAAAUAGUAACAGUAAUGGAUUAAAUACAACAACAGCCACAAAGCCAAUUUCUCUUGCUUCAUCAUCCCCCACUUUGCCCGGCCAAAAAAAAAAUAACAGUUUUAAUAGCUUUAACAGUUCUAUUGGAAGAGGUAAUAAUUUUGAUAACAAUAGUAUUUAUAGAAACUAUCAUAAUCAUAAUAACUAUAAUAACUAUAAUAAAUACAGUUAUAAUAAUAAUGAUGAUGAUGAUGAAAAUAUACCAUCACAUAAUUUUGACAAUACUAGACAAUCAAAUGGUAAAAAUAACAUGAAUAAUGUCAACUCUGAUGCCAAUAUGAAUGAAAUGGAUGAUGGAAAUAUGCCUCAGACUAAAGAUCAAAUUUUAUUAAUUGCAGGAAAAAAACAAUUUAGAGCGAAUAAUAGAUGGAUUGAAACAUUUAGUCUAAAUGAAAUUAAAUCAGAACUAAUUAGAAGAUCUUUAAGGUCAAAAAUAGAAGCUGUGGUCCCACAAAUUCAAUACUUUAGAGAGAAUCAUUAUAAUUCAAAUGACUCGUACCACCAGUAUGAAAAAAAGAAACUCAUGAGGAUUUUAAAGAAUGAUAUCAAAGAAAAGCUAUACAGACAUGAAGUUGCUAUGCAAUGUUAUGAUUGCGACUUGUGUAGAGAAAUGUUAAAUCUAAAUGAAUAUCCAAGUCAAGGAGAUAAUUCAAGUGAUGCAUGGUUUAAAAGAGUUUUAUUAAUUUCAGAGUUUGCGUUCGACCAACAAAGGAGAUUUAUUGACAACUUAAUACAACAAUUCAUUCAUCACUAUCCAUCAUCAAAUUCAUUGUCCCAACAAAGAAACCAAUCGUUGAUGCAGGAGGAUAGAGCAAAGGAUUUCAUUAGCAAAGCAAAUGGAAUUAAAAAGUUUAUUCAAAUAUCAAGCUUUAUAAAAUUUAUAGAGAUUCACAAAAAUCAGUUAAAACUAUUUUUAAUUUUGAAAAAUGAUGACAACUAUACCUCAAAUCCGAAUCAUUGGAAGAAUGUUGUUUCAAAGAUCAUUUUGCGUACAACUAAAAUAUUUUUUGUUUUACCAAUCGGAAAAGAAUUUUAUUUUAGCUAUACAAAUGACUAUUUGUAUCAAAAGGAUUAUACCUACUCUAACAACAGUCUUUUUCAACAAAUUGAUUUUAACUAUAAAAAUAGAAAUAAUAAGGAGAACACAUAUUCUCAAGAUAAAAUACAAAAUUUUUCACCUGUAAAUAAUAUAAAUAAUAAUAGUAAUAAAAAUAAUCCAAAUAUGAAUAAUAGUAAUAAUAUUAAUAAUAAUAAUAAUAAUAAUAAUAAUAUAAUAAUAAUAUGA